GAGAUGGAGUAGAGAAAUGGGCGGGAAUAAUUUACUUUCAUAACUGCCAAUCACCACGCGAUUGAGCAGACGAAAGCUAGGGUUUCGAUUUCGUGCAACAUGAGUGUUGCCGAUUACACAUUUAUGAAAAUUGGUGACGCAGUAUCUUGCAUUAAUCAGCGAGUCAAUCUCAUCGGUGUAGCAGUCGACACCACUCUUCCGAAAUCUACUAAAGGAACUGACUGUUUUUGCGCGGUAAGGAUCAUAGAUGAGUCGCUGCCAAGUGGGAUUCAUAUACAUUUUUUCGCUCCAACUAUGGAGGACCUCCCUGCAAUUGAGAAUGUUGGAGAUAUAGUUCUGGUUUAUCAAGUUGUGAUAUCAACUAGGCCUGACGGUGUUUAUGCUAUGUUCAACAAGAAAUUUUCAUCGUUUGCAUUAUUCGAAGGAAGAGGCUCUAGUAUUAAAGAACUUGUGCCUUAUCAGAUUUCAGCAAGAUAUGAACCUAGAGAGAAGGAUAAGAAGGUCAUAGUGGGGUUAAGGAAAUGUUCAUUUGGUGAAAGAAUUAUUGGCUUGUAUAAGACAUUUUUCCUGAGAGAGAUCAAAGAAGGCGAACACUUCAAUGUGGUAUGCAAGAUUUUGCAUACUGCUCAAGUGAAGGAGGAUGAGUGGAUGCUCUUUAUUUGGGAUGGAAGUGACACACAACCUGUUUCUGUUGAAGCUAAAUAUGAAGACGAGAUGCAAAAUCCACUACCUUUAAUGUUGGAACCUGCUCCAUUAUCAAGAGACAUUCUAUGCACCUUUCCAGUUGUUGGAACAGUCUUGAGGAUGGUUAUUGAUCAAGGCCAGGAGAAGCUUGGCAUUAAGUUUAUUAAAUGUAACAGAUGGAUGAAGUUUAUCAACAUAAGAUUUGAAGUUCAUGCUGCUUUGUGGCGUGCAGUGUUGACACCCACCUCUAAGCUCUGCUACUUGCCCGAUGAUGACUACAGUGUUAUGAAUCGUCAAAGGAUUUACAAGGAGCGUGUCUCUACCCAAAAUGGAAGGAUGCCCUUCACAUGUUUGUAUUGGCCCUCUUCCAUAACAGAGACCAGCCAUCCUGAUGCGAACUUGGUAACAUUGAUGGAUGUCCUAACUUAUCCUGAGGUUACAUAUAAAUUUAAGUGUUUGGUCAGGGUUGUUGCAUUAGUCCCGUGGAGGCCAGAGGAUUUCCACUCGCCUAGUGGAGUUUACAGAUUGCAGCUGACUCUGGAGGAUCCGACUGCAAGAAUCCAUGCUUUUCUUUUUGACAAGGAUGGGGACAAGUUUUUUGAGAAUUGCGAGUCUGUUGAUGCACUAACUAAGAUACGGGACGUGUUGCUUGGAGUAAAUAGAGAUCCGACGGGUGAGUAUGUUACCAGAGAUCCACCAUGGAUACAGUGUUGCCUCAAGUCUUAUUAUAUCGAUAGUAAUGAUGUUUGGGGCAGUAGAAUUUUUGGGAUCUUUGACACUACUUGUAUUUGCUGAUCACGGCUGUAUAGAAUGUUUCUAAUCAAUUGGGUUCAUACAUUCGCUUUCCCUAGAAAAGAAAAUGACAUUUGAGGUC